GCCUACUAUUCAAAACGCGCAUGCGCCCACGUUGUCAGUGAAAAAACUCGCGCGAUGGAGAGAUGGAGAGCAGAGUUCCACCGUCUAUUGCAGCGGCCACAGGCCCUAGCACUGGGCACCAGAUAUUUUCCUCAUGUAUCAGUGCUACUCUUUCUGUUGGAUGCGGUUGCCACGGCAGGAAUCAUAUGGAGAGUUCCCUACACAGAGAUCGAUUGGGUGGCGUACAUGCAGGAGGUGGAGGGAGCACUGAAUGGAACACUAGACUAUAGCCAGCUUCGCGGGGACACUGGACCUCUUGUUUAUCCGGCGGGGUUUGUCUACGUCUACUCCCUGUUCUACUUCCUGACUGGAGGUGGUGGGAAGGUGGCAGUGGCACAGGUGCUCUUUGCCGGCCUCUACCUCCUCAACCUGCUCCUGGUGACCUCCAUAUACUCCAGAGUGGCCAGAUCUCUCCGUCUUCCACCCUACAUUCUACUGUUCCUCACGUGUACGGCGUAUCGUGUCCACUCGAUAUUUGUGCUGCGGAUGUUCAACGACCCUGUGGCCAUGCUCCUCCUCCACUGCUCCCUUCUCUGCCUCGUCCGCAGACUGUGGCUCCCCACUGCUGCCCUCUUCAGCGUUGCUGUCUCAGUGAAAAUGAACGUGCUGCUCUAUGCUCCUGGGUUAUUGGUGGUUUUCCUGCUGACCCACGGCUGGGCAGGCACACUGCCUCUCAUCUCUCUCUGUGCUCUCCUGCAGGUUGCUCUGGGAGCUCCGUUCUUGCUCAGCUCCCCCGUCAGCUACAUGAGAGGAGCCUUUGAUUUCGGACGUCAGUUCCUCUACCAGUGGACGGUCAACUGGCGCUGUCUGCCCGAGUGGCUGUUCCUGCAUCGAGGAUUCCACACAGUGCUCCUGGCUUGUCACAUUGCACUGCUGGCUGCGUUCAUAGUCCUCCGAUGGACCAGAGGUCACGGUGUACAGUCGCUGUUUAGAUGGAGACUAGACAAGAGAAAGAGAAGACACGUCAAAACUGAAGACAUGCUCCUGAUGCUGUUUACCUCCAACCUGGUGGGAAUGGUCGUUUGCACGCUCUCUCCACUACCAGUUCUACGUCUGGUACUUCUACAGUCUGCCCUUUCUCCUCUGGACCACUCCACUCCCUGUACCCUCAGGGUACUGUUGCUGUUGACAGUGGAGUACUGUUGGAACGUGUAUCCCUCCACCGUUGUCUCCUCCCUUCUCCUGCACGUCUGCCACACCACUCUGCUGGUGGGGCUCCUGUGGCCCUCACGCCCUCCGUCUCAACACUCGGAUCACAAGACACACUAGGAACCACGCUGUCUAUAGUCAAUUUGUGUUGAAAAAACCACAUUGAUUUUCUGUACAAUUUCACGCUGUGCU